AUGGCUAUCGGUAGAACCAAGCGAGGAAAGAUCGGAAACAGGUUGAUUCCACAGAUUUUGGACGAUCUCGCCGCUACGGAGCCUGAUCGCAUCAUUUACUCCUGGGCCAAGUCCUCGGACUUGUCACAGGGUUUCCGCCAUGUAUCUGCUCGUGCCUUUACGAGAGCAGUCGAUAAGACGGCGUGGUUACUUCAGCGAGAACUAGGAGAGACCUCAGAGAUCCGCGCUAUCUUGUUGACAUUCGCCUGUAUCAAAGCCAACUACACCGCUUUAUUCCUCUCUCCAAAGAACAGUGUUGAGGGAGCUUUAGCCGUUCUCGAUGCGGCAGAUUGUAACAUCUGGGUCAACCCCGCUGGCGAGAGGCCAACACCACUCGUGGAUGACUUCGUGCAGCAACGUGCCAUGCACGUGAUGCACCUGCCGCUGUUGAGCGAGCUUCUUCCUGAAGACGAGAGCGAGAUGGAGGACGUGAAGCCGUUUCCUUACACAAAGUGCUGGGAAGAUGCGAUAAACGACACAUUCUGCAUUCUUCAUACCUCGGGCUCGACUGGCCUGUCAAAGCCCAUCAAGUGGACACACGGGUUGAUUGGUACUGUGGAUGCUGUCCGACUGCUUCCCCCUCAUGAAGGUAUGGAGCCCUGGGCGAAAGGGUGGGAUGAUGGUGAUACGCUGUACUCGACAUUCCCGAUGAGCCAUGGGGCGGGGAUCUUGAUGGACGUCGUUAUAGCGCCACUAUUUGGCCUGCACUGCGUCCUUGGGCCUCGAGACGUGAUACCCAAUUUGGAACUCAUAUCGUCUCUGGCAGACCACAUCGAAAUUGACAUCUGGAGCAUGAUUCCUUCGCUCAGUGACGAACUUGGCGAAGCACCUGACAUCUUGCCAAAACUUAGCCGGUCGAAAUUUAUUUGUGCUUCAGGAGGGCCCGUGAGUAGUGUUUUGGGCUCCAAGGUGAACGAGUUCAUUCGUGUCUUGAAUCUGACCGGCACAUCAGAAGGUCUAUUCAUCGGCAACCUGUGGGUGGACAGAAAAGACUGGCACUGGUUUGCCUUCCACCCUUGGUCUGGCUUUGACUUUAAGAUGGUCGAGCCUGGUCUUUAUGAACAGUGGAUCCAUCGUAACGAACAUGCAGAACUUUUCCAGGGUCUCUUUCAAACCUUUCAAGAUGUGGAGAGUUUCAACUUCAAGGACCUGUAUGUUCCGCACCCGACUAAGCCGGGCCUCUGGGCAUCUCACGGUCGCAGCGAUGAUGUUGUGGUCCUUUCGAACGGAUACAAGAUCUCGCCUCUUGAUACAGAGGCCCUUGUCGCAUCUCACCCGGCCGUUGAUGGGUGUUUGAUGAUCGGAUCAGGUAAGCCGCAAGCUGGUCUACUCAUCGAGCUGAAAGAUCCAACAAUAAAGAAGGACGACGACAACGCUGAAGCGCUCUUCAACAGCAUCUGGGCCGUGGUUGAGAGGGCCAACUCCCUGUCUCUGCACAAGAACCAGCUGCACCGGGACUAUGUCGCCUUUUCUGAAGCGAACAAGCCAUUUAUCCGUACCGAUAAGCGCACCAUCAAACGCCGGGCUACUAUGGCACUGUAUGAAGAUUACAUACAGCGCUUCUACCAAUCAAGAACAGAGGAUGAUGGCGGAGAUGGAGCUGCGGCUAUCGGGUUCAUCACAGUCGACACAUCAUCCUUGGACUCGACUACUCGCGCAGUUCGACAUGUGCUGGCUUCGAUUGUGCCUGUGGUAAAAGAUUCCCCCGCGGACGCUGAUAUGUUUACUCUUGGGUUCGACUCACUUCUCGUCUUCCGCGCUACCAAGACGAUUGCGGCAGUUACAGAUCUUGGUGGGAAAUUCUCACCGAGGAACUUCUAUGCUGGCCCGACGAUCGAAGCGAUCGUCGCAACUGUCAUGCGACUAGCUUCUGAGCGCAGAGCCAUGAUAAUAGAUGGCACCAUUGCCUCAUCGCCGACCGAACAGCAUCAACAAGACCCAAAGGAAGUAGUGAUGAGUACACUCAUAAAACGACACAAGGCUGUUCUAUCCUCCAAGCUGGGCCCAAUGGACCUUUUUGGAGGGAACAUGUACGAGGGCGUUAACGUCUUCAUUCCUCUCUGUCCAGAUGUGCCGUUUAAGCAGGCGUAUAAAGUGCUCCAGCGAGGUCUUGUUCGCGCGAUGGAGAUCGUGCCGGAUCUCGCAGGUAAAGUUAUACCCUGUUCGGAGCACGAGAUUGGAUACAAGAAGGGAGAUCUUCGUCUCAGUCUUCCUCCACUGCCCUCUACUGUCUUGGGGAUGACUGCCCCGGAGGAGCCACGACAACUGCGCUUCAAGGACCUGUCGUCCGUCCUGCCAUCCUACGCUGAGCAGAAAGUUUCUGGAUUCUUGACGUCAGCUUACCCCGACGAGCUUCUGACUACGUGUCCGGCUUUUCCUUCACUGCCUGCGGACGUGUGUAAUAUCCAGGCCAAUUUCAUCGAGGGUGGUUGUGUGCUGGCCUUCAAUGUUCAUCAUCACGCUCUUGAUGGUGUCGGAUUGUUGAUAGCACUUACGGUUUGGGCAGAAUGCUGUCGAUUCGUCCAGGGUGAUCAGUCUGCGACUUGCACGUGGCUGCACCCAGAGAGCCUCAAUCGUGAUAUGCUAUCUGUCUUGUACGAGUUGGAGGGCUUCGCGAAGCCGGCAAGUGAAAUCGACCCCAAGGUUUGGGGUUUCCUACCAUACGCCGAUCCGGCGCUGAACGGCAAGGACGCAACUGCAGCCAACGGACAUGGGACUGAGCCAAGAACCGAGAAGGCUCCUUUGUCUCGCAAUCUGCCUGAACCGCCUCGUCUACCUCCAUGUGAGCACUGGCCACCCAAAGCUCGAUUGGAUGGUCGCACACUGGCAGCGUCGACCUUCCUUAUCUCGGCCGAGAAGCUGAAGAGACUCCAAGAGAGUGUAGAGCUUGCUGAAGCUACUGAUCCAGAACGUCAAAGUCUCAGCAACGAGUCAGUGUCACUAUCCCUCGGCGAUGUACUCCAAGCCUUCUUCUGGCGCGCCGCCGUCCGGGCUCGUCGUCGCCCUGAGAACACCUCGGCCGAUGACACAUCCAUCAUCGAGAUGCCCACCGACGUCCGACCCUACUUCAGCGCGCACCUACCGCCAACGUACAUGGCCAACAGCGUCAUCAUGAAUCGACAGCACGUGUCCGUCUCGAAGCUCUGCUCAUCCGAGACAACCGUUUACGAAAUUGCUCAAAUCUGUCGCGAGGCGCGCACUCGAAUUGAUCAAGAGCUUGUCCACGAUGCAUUUGGUCUGCUUCAUACGAUCCAAGACAACAGUCCAGGAAACCACACUACAGCCUUCCUGGGCCAGGGUAUCCAGGACGGCCCACACUCGCUCUUCAACAACAUGAUGCUAUUCCACGCAAAGGAUAUUGGGGCAUUUGGCGGAAACAUCUUUGAUGCGCCUGAUGCUGUGAGGGUCCAAAUGGAUUGGCUAAACAAAGCCUUCAGGAGUCUGUUUAUUCUGCCGAUAAGAGAUGAUGGCGGUGUCGAGUUGCUUCUCGGGACGUUUCCUGAGGAACUGGAUGCUAUGAGAAAUGAUGAGGAGUUUAUGCAGUUUGCCGAGUUUCUGGGAUAG